AUGUUCGACUACAUCAAAAUCAACUCCUCGUUUAAAGUAAAAUCUAAUUUGCUAAUUUUUGUCUUUUUGUAUUUUAUAUUUUCGACAGAAUCUGUUCUUUUAUCAAAAUUUAAUGCAAAAAAUGAAAAUUAUUCAUUUAAUCCAACGGCAAUCGGAAGUUUGUUUCAUAGAAAACAAAAUAAACAUCAAUGUUUUAUAUCCAACAAGAUAAAAAGGAUAAAUAAUUCAUGUAAAACAAGAGAUAAUUUUGAAGAUUCAAAUAGCCCAUCUAUAAUACAAGAUAAUUUUAUUCUAGAAGCAUACGGAUAUACACAUGAUCCUAAUUUUAAUUACACAGCAAAUUUUAGGAAUAGAUAUAAUAAUCUGAACAAAACAUAUACUACGCCUCCAGCAGUAUUUAAUAAUAUACCAAAUAAUCAAUAUAAUCCUGCCCGAAAUGUACCAUUUAAUAGAAUUAACAAUCAAACAUAUCAACAAAAUGGAUUCAAUUUGUACAAUAGACAACUAAUUCCAUACCCAGUCGUUUCAAACUCAUAUGGAAACAUUCCAUUUGGACAAAACCAGAUGCAUUUUUCUCAACAGCAAUAUCCUCAGCAACAAUAUCCUCAGCAACUUAAUAGGUUCCCACCCCAAAUGCCUGUUCAAACUGUUAACCCUUUACAGCAUCAAGUACCAAUUCCUCCGACAUUUCAGUUCAGAUAUCAACCACCGAUUCAGACAAUCAAUCAAGUUCCAUUCCAACAAACAGCUCAGCAAUAUAGUCAAGUUCCACUGCAACAACCAGCUGUGGAAAAUAUCAAGAAAGAUGAACCCGGUAAGAUAGUGGGAUCACGAUAUUGGCAAAAAAGGGCAGAAAAAUUUCACAGUAGAUCAGUAAGGUACUCCUCAUUCCAGCUAUACGAAGAUGUGGUCUGGAUAAAUAAUUAUGAAGAUGAUUGGCCAGGAAUUAAUAGGAUAAAAUUAGGAGAAAUCUACCAAGGAAUCAUCCACUACUACUUCACACCAUUCGACGGACUGAUUCUUCUGGCCGAUAAAAAGGUGGAGGGCUCAAUGAGCAUGAAAGACCUGCCAGAAUCAUUCUCUAAAACUACAGUGAGAGAAACAUUCAAACUAGAUCACUUAAUUAGCUUCAAGUUGAAAGAACCAUUGGAAUUCGACGAAAAGGGAAGACCGAAAUUUGUUUUGGCACUGGAUUACCCACCCAAAACAAAGAAAUACGAAUUCAGAUCCAGAGUAAGAGGAAGACCGAUCUUUGUAACCAACACCAUGGCGGUUUUCAAGCUAGAAGAUGGAGAAAACUAUGCACAAGUAUUCCUAGCUAACACAGGAGUGCACUUGACCUUCCCAAUUACCAUAAAGAUGAAUGAGAUCUUUACUAAGGAUGAAGUUGUGGAAAUGGAAGUUGUGAGAAGCCCAUAUUACCCUAAGGCAGUAGGGUACCUGUGCAGAAUACCAUUUGAAACACCGAAGGGGUUAGAGUUGAGAAGUAAAUACACAAUGGUCGAUAGUGUUCGAUAUGAUGGUAUUUGA